UAAAUUAUGCGACAAACUCGCACAGUGGAAGUCUAAUCUUGACGCCAUGGCUGGGAUCGCCAGCUGCUUUCCAUGCAAGCCCCUUUUGACACGGACCCUCACGGCGACGCCUUCUUGUCUCGAUUCCAAGCUCUUCGGAGUCCGCCUCUUCAACAUAGGUACCAUCAAGUCGAGCUCCAUAUCUCUCUCCUCAACCCUCGGUGGCCCCUCCAUCACCGCCCGGUACGGAGGCGGGUUUCGCUCCUCUGGCCCCAGAAAUUCGAGGCAGUACCAGAAGAGCGACUCAGAUGACGAGCAAGCACUUGACAUCUCCACCAUUAGGUCAGCCACUGUGAGGCUAAUUGAUGAGAAACAGAAUAUGGUGGGAGUGCUAUCCAAAAAUGAGGCUAUUCAAAUGGCUGAGGAUGCCGAGCUUGAUCUGGUCAUACUAUCCCCAGAUGCUGAUCCCCCUGUUGUCAAAAUAAUGGAUUACAAUAAAUAUAAAUAUGAACAGCAAAAGAAGAAAAGAGAACAGCAGAAGAAAAGCGCUGCCAAUCGCGUGGAUUUAAAGGAGCUCAAAAUGGGUUACAACAUCGAUCAACAUGACUAUUCUGUUCGGUUGAAAGCUGCAAGGAAGUUUUUGAAAGAUGGUGACAAGGUUAAGGUUGUAGUGAGCCUGAAAGGUCGUGAAAAUGAAUUCAGGAAUAUUGCCAUCGAGCUUAUCAGACGUUUUCAGAAUGAUGUUGGAGAGCUUGCAACCGAGGAGGCCAAAAACUUCCGUGACCGGAACAUAUUCAUAGUUUUGGUUCCGAACAAGGCACAAAAAGCUCAAGAACCACCAAAGAAACAAGAACCACCAAAGAAACAAGACAAGUCAGCGGCAAAUGAAGUAUCAGCUAGUGUCUGAGUGCAGUCCAAAGUUUCAUUUAUUAUGGCCAUGGGGUUUUAGCGAUAGCACAGUUACCGGGUGAUAUUCAUUUUUGUUCUUCAACUUGAUCAAGGAUCCAGAAGCCUUGUAUAGCAUUAGUUUAACAUAUGUACGAGAAUAUGUUUACUAGGCUUUUAAUAAUAGAAUCUACAUUCUCUGUUCUAACUUGUAGUACUAGAGUUCUGGAAGCGAGUUUGGACCAUUGCUUUAAA